AUGGGUAAAGAUGACACUACAACUAAGAAACGGCGAAAAUUUAAUACAAGUUCUAGCAGCGAAAGUACGAAGCUAUCUCCCGGUGAAGUUUACAAGAAAGUUGUCGAUUUCGAAGAAUCAGAAUCUAAGCUAAGACCUGCUGAAAAAGAUGCUGUUUUGUUCAAGAAGAUUUGCCAAGACAUCCGACAACUUUUUACAGAUAUUGCAGAGCUUAAAGCGAAAGGAACUGAAGAAGCAAAAGAAAAGUUAAAUGCUAAAAGGGUUGAAGCUUCACUGCAGUUAGUUGCACUAAAAAAAUUAAACCGUUUAGAAAAAGUGCGUACUCGUACUGGCCGAGAUGCUCUGCACAAGGAAAAACAGAGAGUAGAUUCAACACAUUUACUUCUUCAAAACCUCUUGUAUGAAGCCGACCAUCUAAAUAAGGAAGUCACAAAGUGUUUACAAUUUAAAUCAAAGGAUGAAGAGAUUGAGCUUGUACCUGUUGAUGAUUUUUAUAAAACUGCACCCCCUGAAGUGUGUCGUCCUGAAGUAACAAAGACAGAUGAGCAUCAAUUGCAACUAGCAAGAUUAGAAUGGGAGCUUCGCCAGCGAAGGGAACUGGCUGGAGCUUGCAAUGAGUUGGUUUCUUCAAAAGAAAGAGUUGCUGCUGCAAUAGCUGCUGCCAGGUCUCGCUUGGACGCUCUUGCACCACAUUUAAGAGAUGUCCUUAAGGCAACAAGACCACUUCAAGAAUGCUUGGCUUUAAGGCUUGAUGACAAGAGGGAGGAAUCUAAACUGGCAACCUUAUUACCACGACCAUUGUUUUUGCUAUAUGCUAAUGGAAGCGCUUAUGCUGAUGUUCUGGGUGCAAAGAAUGUAAUUGUUGGAAUAUCUGGGGAUGAAGAUGAGGCCCGACGAUUAGAACAAACAUACAAUAUAGACAAUGAAUUUGUUGUGUCAAACGAUUCUGACUCAGACCAGGAUGGAAAUGAUGAAGAUCAAAGAGAGAAAAAGAAAAGGCAUCAUAGAUCAGCAAAAAUAUCUAAAGAAGAAAAAGCAGAUGCAAAGAAAAGGGAAGCUUUGAGAAAACAUCCACUACAUGUACUUGUAACAGUAAAAAUACCAGAUGGCACUGGUUUAAAUUUAACCUUUUCAUAUUUAAUGCAUCUCAAAAUCAUUGUUGUUAAUUUUACUAUGAACCAUCCAAAACCUAUCACUGGUAUAUCUGCUGCUGAUGUUUUAGAUGGAAAUUGUGUACUAAAUGAGUUGUAUAUUGGAGAUACUGGCUCUGAUUCACCUCAUCCUGCUACUUCAUUUUUACUCAAAUCAGCAGGAAUUUCUGAAGAAUUUCAGCAUAUUAUACCUGAAAUUGGUAAACCCUAUAUUUGGGCGCAGAGAAUGUGCGGUUUAGAUUUUAUGGCUGCCAUUGGAAAUGAACAUAAAGAUCUUAAAAAUGUUCAGUUAUGUCCCAGUUUGAGCGUAGCAACUGUUGAAAACUUUAUAUUUACUUUACAAAAAAGAUUAAAAGCAAGGGUAGAACUAAUGAAAGAGCUUCAAGAUCUUGAAUGUGGUAAAAUAAUACCAUCCAAAGAAAUGGCCACCGUAAGAUUAUCUGGAUCUAUGACUCAGUGGCAAUCAGUGAGUUGGUCUGAAUAUGUUCAAGCACCAUCAACGGCAUUUCUAGUAUCUGAAGGCUUAGUGAACCCUGAUAAUAUGUUAUACAGAGCUAUAAUUACUCGUCAAUCAGCGAAACUUGUCGCUCUUGUAGCACUGAGUAGUGAUUAUCCAAAGAAAGCACCAUUGUUCUCCUUAACAUUGCAUUACAAUGGGACCCACCAUAGUGGUACAAAUGAUGAUAUAAGAGAUAUUGAGAGAUAUGUAAACACCAAUUGGCAAGGUGAUAAUUUGAAGCCCAAUCUAUCAAAUCAAAUAACCAAACUGUUAACAUGUUUAGACAUAUUGUUAGAGACAAUGGGAACACAAGAGUUUCCUCCAGAUAAAGUAAUGUUGCAACCAGUUCGAGGAAAGAACAGAAUGAAGCCAUAUAAAUUUUUGAAACAAGGAUCUGGCAUUUUUGUACAAUUUGAGUGA